UUUACUUCUCUCUCGCUUCUUCCUUGUAUCACUCACUUUUCAAGCUUACAGGAAGAUCGGGAAGGUCGAUCCUUCCAGCAUUUCGGUCCCGCUUCAAGGUACAAACAUUUUCUUCCUUUCCUUUUUCUAGGUAUACCAUUUCUUGUUUCGGCUGUGUGGAGCAAAGUGUUGCUCGCUUGGGCUAUCGCAAGGAGAGAUGAGCAAAACGGCUGGCUCGCUCCAGGUGCAGAUCUGUGAAGCGUUUCUCUGAAUUGGAAAGAUGGGCUCCGUCAGAAGUGAUAAAGGAGGGACUAGGAGCUCCAAGAUGGAAGGCAAGAGGAGCUUGAGCAUGGGUGUUGGUGCUAUACUUCUGUGGUGGUGUUUCAACGUUAUGACGGUGGUCUCAAAUAAGUGGAUCUUUCAGAUUCUCGAGUUUAAGUUCCCUCUAACAGUAACAAUCAUUCACCUGGUUGUUUCUUCAGUAGGAGCCUUCAUCAGUAUAAGCUUGUUGAGAUUGAAACCUCUGAUCCAUGUAAAUUCUGUAGAUCGCGCUCAGAGGAUACUCCCUAUGUCACUUGUCUUUUGUCUCAACAUCGUGCUGGGUAAUGUGAGCCUGAAAUACAUCCCGGUUUCCUUCAUGCAGACGGUCAAGUCCCUCACUCCAGCCACAACUCUGAUCUUGCAGUGGCUGGUCUGGGGGAAGGUGUUCGAUCGAAAAGUCUGGCUCUCGCUGCUGCCUGUUGUGGGUGGCAUAUUACUGGCCUCGCUCACGGAGCUUAGCUUCAACACAAUUGGCUUCUUCGCUGCCUUCUUCGGCUGCCUGGUUACGUCCACGAAGACAAUCCUAGCAGAAAGGCUUCUACACGGCUUUAACUUCGACAGCAUCAACACUGUCUACUACAUGGCUCCAAACGCCGCAGCAGUUCUUUGUCUGGUGGCACCGUUCGUAGAAGGCGGCGGCGUUUUAAGAUGGAUCCAGGAGCAGGAGUCUCUCGGCAUGCCGCUUCUCGUCCUCGUCGGCUCUGGCGCUGUGGCCUUUUGUCUCAACUUCUCGAUUUUCUACGUGAUCCAGUCCACGACAGCUUUAACAUUCAAUGUCGCCGGCAACUUAAAGGUUGCGGUGGCAAUUGCGGUGUCGUGGUUUGUGUUCCGGAAUCCAAUCUCUGUCAUGAACGGGAUCGGCUGCACGAUAACGCUGCUGGGAUGUACGUUCUAUGGAUACGUGAGCCACAAAGUCUCCUCGUCGUCCACACAGCAGAUCCAGCAGCCGGAGGAAAUCCCCCCAGCCACCAAGGUGUGAGUUCUCGGAGCAAGGUACUUGGGCUCUCCUUCAUUCAUUUACAUUCCACCGAGCUAGAGCUAGAGAUAUAGUUCCAGGCACGUAGCUAAGUUCUCCAUUCUUUCGUACGAAUGCCUUAAAACCAGGUUGGUUCGAUUGUC